GAUUCCAAGAUGGCGUCUUCCACAAGGGAAUCAAAGUCAAAGCCAGAAUUUCACUGAUUUUUGCUAAAUUUCUCUCAAUAAAACUCUGAAUACUAGGGAAAAAACGAUAAGCUGCAACAAUGAAGCGUUCUCAACCAGAGCCUUCAACUUCGGCGCCUCCAAAGAAGCAGGCGACGACGAGAAUGCUUGAAAGUGUGAACGUUGGUCCGGUCUCUACAGAGGAUGAGAUGAACAUACAAGUUCUUGCCUUCCAAAACAAAAAACUUGCAGAACGACUUGAAGUAAUGAAAUUAGAUGAAGAAAGGCUGCGCGAACGACUAGAUGAGGUCAAAAAACAAAGAGUUGCUGAAUACGAAAUUCUGUCACUUAUCAACAGACACUGGACACAGCUUGAUGAAGAUGUAUCAGUCAUGUGUCAAAGUUACGAGAGUGGAACUGCUGAAGAAUUUGGUGAUCUAAAUGACACUGCAUUGUCAUAUCUAGAAUAUCUUGCUCAACUUGAACCAGAGCAAAUGAAAGAGGAGGUAUCCAAAAGAGCUGCUAAUUCCAAACAAUGUGUUAAAACCUUGUUGUCGUUUAUGGAGAAAGCUGGAUGUUUUCCACCAAGAGUGCCUGCUAGUAGUCAAGUGAUUCCUCCUGGUGAAACCUCUAGUACUGGAGAGGUAACUAAAGAUGACGAUAUGGAAACAGAUGAACUGAAAGAAACUGAUGAAGGUCAAGUUAUUAAAGAGUCUGAUGAUGGAACAAGCAAAACAGAACCUAUCGUUGAAAAGAAACAAGAAGAAACGCCUAAGAAAGAGGAGCUAGAAACAUCAUCAAAGGAACCAGAGAUUGAGCAACUAAAGUCUGAUAACAAACGGUUGAGGGAACUUAUGACAUCCAUACAGUUGAAACAACAAACAACAUCUCUUGAGUUUUCUGAAAUUAGGGACAAGUAUGCGCUGACCAAUCGAGAGAUAUCAGAGCUGAACACUCAGCUGCAAGAUUCGGAGUAUGAUUUACAAAAAGCCAACCACCGAGUUGAAAACCUAGUGAAAAGACUCAAUGAACUAGAAGAAAUGAGAAAGAAAAUCAGGGAAGGAGAGAUGCCAGCAAAGGAAGAAAUCAAGGAUGAGGAUGAUGAAAAACAUUCAGAGCUCUUGGAGUUGAAGGAACUAGCAAAAAAUCGACUAGAGGAGCUGCAGAAACUCAAAGAAGAUUGUGUAGCAGCACAGCAGGAGCUUGAAAAACUAAAACUUGAGGCGGUCCAGAUUCCAGAGUCCACUAUAGUUCAGUCUUCUCCUUACAAGUGUUUGCAGUCACAGUUUUCAGUUUUGUUUAAUGAAACAACCAAUGCUCGACAGCAGUUAGAUGAGCUAAGAAGAACACUUAGUUCAACAAAAACUCAACACAUGGUCCAGUUAGAACAGAUUGAAAGUGAUAUGAUUACUACACACAAAAAGUACAAAAGUGAGGUGAAUGAGCUACAUGAAGCAUUGUUACAUUGUAAAAGGGAGUAUGACCUGCUAAGGAUAGAGUGUGACCAGUCUACCAAGACCAAUGAACAAACAGCUCCACUGAUCAAAGAAACCACAUACAUGAACAAUAGUUUACAGAGCUACAACAAGCAGCUGAAAGGAGAAGUCAUGAGAUACAAAAGAAAGCUUAACGAGGCCCUUUCACAAACUCAGAAGCUGGAGGAGGAGAUUUCAAAAUUAAGAGAAACUAAACCCAAGGAAGAACAAGUUAAAAAAGAAGAAGAAAAAACCGAAGAAGAAAUGGAAGUUAAACAAGAGCAAGAGAGUAAAGAAACUCCCAAAGAACCCGAGGAAGGAGAGGAAGGGGAGUUAGAGGAAGGAGAAGAAGAAGAACCAGCAAAAAGUUCUAAUGAUUCUGAGCAAGUCAAACAGUUACAGGCUAGUCUCAAGAAAGCCCAAGAAAGUCAAAAGGAAAUGAAGCUAUUAUUAGAUGUCUACAAGGGCGCAGCUAAAGACUUACGGGAUAAAGUAGAGCUUUUAGCUAGCGAAAAGACGCUAAAAAUAGAGAUAGAAGCAUUAAAGAACAGAGUAAAAGAAUUGGAACAAGACCUCGAGAAGUACAAAGGUGCCAUGGCAGAUGAAGAGGCAAUAAGAAGGCUAAAAGUGGCAGAAGAAACUAUAGAAAACCUACAGAAGAACCUCGCUGCUACCAAACAGGAGGAAGACGCGUUGUUAGCAGAGAUGGAGUUUACUGGUCAAGAAUACGUAGAAAUGCAAGAACAGAAUGUGCGGCUCUUGCAACAACUCAGAGAAAAAGAUGAAGCUAAUCUAAAGUUAAUGUCCGAGCGCAUCAAAAGCAACCAGAUACAGAAACAGAUUCGUGAGGAGAAAGAUGUGCUGGCUGAUCAGGUGACAUCGUUGAAUACUUACCUCGAAACCCAAACACAACUGAUUAAGAAACAAGAAGAAAGAGAGAGAUCUUUACAGAAUGCUGUGGGGUCCAUGGAGAAGGAGCUCAGCCUUAGACAACAAGCAAUGGAAAUGCAUAAAAGAAAGGCCCAAGACAAUUGUCAGUCAGCGCAGGAGCUCAAAAUUCGACUGGAAGCAUUCCAACAACAACAACAAGAGACUCAAGAAAGUAUUGCAGAAAAGACCCGAUCACUAGAGGAAGAAGCCUUUAGAGCCAAGAGAGUACAGGAAGAAUGUAACAGCUUGAAGCGUAAAAUUGAAAAACAGAAGAAAAUCGACCUGUAUGGAGCAGCAGACGAGGUUUUACUUGAAGAAGUUCGACAGUACAAGGCUCGCCUGACAUGUCCGUGCUGUAAUACUCGCAAGAAAGACGCCAUUCUUACCAAAUGUUUUCAUGUCUUCUGCUAUGAAUGUCUAAAAACUCGUUACGACACCCGACAACGCAAGUGCCCUAAAUGUAACGCAACAUUCGGUAACAAUGACUUUCACAAAAUCUACUUGUAACGCAUUACGGCAUGACACUGAUUCUGUCGUCUUGUUAGACGCAUGUAGUGUUGGUUAACCUAUUUUAACUAGUUCCUGUAAAUUAGAAAAUUAUGUAAAAUACACGUCCAAAGAAAACU